AUGAGGGUCUUGCAUUCCAUCCUUGGAGUCCUUGCUUUGCUGUCCAUAGUUCCUCAAGCCAGGACCUCAUUUUUUAAAGACACAUGCUCUUUAGAAACCUAUAACUGCAGAAUGAAGUGCAAUGCUGAUGAACGUGCAAUCAGAUACUGCUCUGACUGGACCAUCUGCUGCAAAUGGAGGAAAACUAAACUUAAGAAAAAAAAGAAGUGGUAG